AUGCCACCGAAACGCGCAGCGACGGUGAACGCCCUCCGUGCGGCCUUCCCGGAGGAGCUCAGCCUCGCCGCGGUCGAGCGAUGGGCGGGGGAGACCCCGGAGGAGUUGAAAUCCCUCCUCGAGGAGCUCCGCCGCGCGCGGGAGGGGGUUUCUCGACGGCCGUACGUCAACCCCGCCGCCGCGGAGGAUUCCCCGCGUGAGCUGCUUUCGCUCUUCCAACGGUAUGGCGCCCUCGCGGAAGGGAUUUUCCUCGCCGCCGAGCGGAUCCGCGGCGUCGUGGAGCUUCGCAUCCCGGAGCUCAAAGAGGAGGAUAACCUCGGCGUGGCGGUGCAGAACGCGGUGCUGCGGCGGCUGGAUGCCGUGCAGAAUUACCUCCUCGCUGGAAAUGGCGGGGAGAAGGAAGGAGUGCGGCCGAUGGCGGGGAUGUUCGUCGCGAAGGAAUACCUCGCCGCGCGCGCGGGAAUCGAGGAAAAAAUCCUCCCCAAACCCGCCAAACCCGACGGUGGGGAGAAGGGAAAAGAGGAGGGAAAGGAAGGGGAAGCCUCUUCGGGGACGAAGGCGCCCUCGGCGAUUUUGGAGCUCCAGCAGCUCGACUACGAUGCGCUUUUGAAACUGGAGCUGACGAUCGAGCACCUCCUCACGCUGCUCCUCGCCUUUGUGAAUACGUACAUGCUGAACUGGAAGAAGCUCAUCCAGCCCCGAUCGAACACCGAUACGAUGGUAAGUUAA